UGACCAUACAGACAUGCAUGUCAUAUUAUGUAUUUUCCAUAUCAAGUAAUCUAUGCUUUAAGUUGAUUGGAUAAUAAUUUUUUGUUAGAUAUAAGAAGAAUAAACAUUUUUGUUGCACCAUAUCCCUGGAUGUCACUGAAUGUUUGGCCGUUUGGAAACCUUGAGUGUGGACUGUAUGCGUACGAAACAACCCCGCUUCAGGCUUGGGCAGUGGCUAUGGUAAAGAGGAAAGGAAGCCACUACAAUCAAGUCAAACUCCGUGAAGGAUUACUAUUGGAAGGAAAUCUCCGGUUCGGGCACACGCUGGAUUUUGUUCUAUUUGUAAUUGCAUUCGAACCACAAGGACAGCUCGCUUGGUAGGAUUUGAACUCCUAGAUUUCGCCAGGCAUGGGGAAAGUCCUUAGCUGUUCGUUAUGGGAUUUUGGGGGAUCCAAUGGCCGACAGGAGACGUCUUCUCUCUGAGUGGAUACAGGCAGUAGGGAUGCGUUCCUUAAGGAAGACCGUGUUGUUGGCCAUUGUGGCAUCUKUGGUGUUGGUGGUGGCCCUCCUCCAUUCCUGGCCCACCCGGGCCUACACCACCGUGGAUGUCUGGCAGAGACCAGGGCCUGCAGUAGAGAGGCACCUGGAGGAGAGGUUCCCAGAACCAGACCACAGAUCUGCCAACAUCCCCUAUCGCGUGAAGGAGAGUAUUGCAGGUCUGUUGGCACGUAAUGGGUGUGUGUGUGAAGGUGAGAGUGGGGGCAUGAACCUGCCCUUUGCCCAGCUGCUGUUCCCCCGGGUGUCAGCCCACCCCAUGCACACUGCAUUUGAGGCUUCUGAGCUGGAAGAGAUGAAGAAACGAAGGGCAAAGGAGUACCAGGGCUUCCAGAUGAGGUCUCAGACUCCUGCAGAUAUGCUCAUCGUGGCCGAGGCCAACAAUCCUCUGCAGUACCCAACACAGGGGAUGGAAGUACGGCCGCUCAAAACCAUCCUCAUCCCAGGACUUGCAGUACAAGACCAUCCCAAAGAGCUGUACAUAGUCAACUUCACCUCYACCCUGGGAACGUUAAACGUGGCAGCGGAGGUUGAGGGGGUAAAGGUCAAAGGUGACGGGGAGAUGCACAUGACCCUGACCAGCAGCCUGCUGUCCAAUUUGAACCGGCAGCUACAGUUUGUCACCUAUACCAACACACUGUUCCACCCUAGUACAGCAGACACAGUGCAGUUUGAGACAGAGGGUCACCAAGCCAUGUUUACUAUCAAGGUCCGUCAUGGUGUAACUCCAAAACUCUACAACACAGGACCCAAAGGGGAAUACAACAUCAGUGCCCUUGUUACCAUAGCAACCAAAACCUUCAUGCGCUAUGACAAGCUCCAAGGUCUCAUCGACAGUGUGCGAAAAUACUAUUCCACUGUCACCAUAGUAAUAGCUGAUGACAGUGAAAACCCAAAGACAGUCUCUGGCCCCUACAUCGAACAUUACAUCAUGCCAUUUGGAAAGGGCUGGUUUGCAGGACGGAACCUAGCCGUUUCCCAGGUGACUACCAAGUAUGUGCUGUGGGUGGACGAUGACUUCAUCUUCACGGCCAACACCAAGCUGGAGAAACUGGUGGACGUCCUGGAGAGGACUACCCUGGACCUGGUGGGUGGUGCAGUGCGGGAGGCCACUGGCUAUACUGCCACCUACAGGCAGACCAUCUCCAUUGAGCCAGGGGAGGAGGAGGGUGACUGCUUGCAUAUGCGGAGGGGCUUCCACCACAUCAUCCAGGGCUUUCCAAACUGCGUAGUCACGGACGGGGUCAUCAACUUCUUYCUGGCCCGCACAGACAAAAUCCAGCAAGUGGGCUUUGACCCMCGUCUGGCCAGAGUGGCCCACCUGGAGUUUUUCAUCGAUGGCCUCGGCUCGCUUCACGUGGGAUCCUGUGAUGAUGUCAUCGUCAACCACGCCACCAAGAUCAAGCUUCCCUGGGUCAGCCAAUCAGAGAGUGACAAGACGUAUGCCAAGUUCCGCUACCCACCAGCCUCCUCGGAUGCCACACACACCAAAAACGGCCUCCUCUAUUUCAAGAACCGCUUCCAGUGUUUGACUCACAAUUAAAUUCCCUGUUUUGUUAACCUGUCGUUUCUCCUCUCGUUCAAGAUUCAUGCUCUUUCUGAGUUGCCAAAGAAGCUCUCGCCCGAUGUGUCCAAUCGGAUAAGACUUUAGACAACCACAUUACACACAUCCCCUUGAAAAUCGACCUUGCUUGUUUCACUCGAUGGAUUGUCAUUCAAACAGAGCAAAGCUGUCAUUUCUAUUAACUUAAUCAUAAUUUCUCUUCAGUUGUGUACUCUUGAUUGUAAACUCAAGGUUGAGAUCAUUUUAAGGGAUAUAUAUGCGUUUUGUGCCUCAAAUCUUAUCUGACAAGUUGCCACCGAGUCCUUUUGUUGAGGAAAGAGAACAAAGUCAUGCUGAAUUAGCCUUACGCCCUCACAGGACUAAAUGAGGUGAACGAGUUUCCAUACUGUUAUGAAGAGAUCAGAGGUGUGUGUACUCUGUGUACUCUGUCCUUCCCUUUGCACUAUACAGUUUGAGCUGGACUGAGCUCUAUGGGUCAGACAAAUGAGGAUUGUGGGGACCUAGGGGGACUGAGGAUGGGGAUUGACAGUCAUUCAGUAGAGAGGACACUUCUCAGCAUGUGACAACCCCUUCAGAGACACAACGCAUGGGUGCUCCCUUUCCAACCCCGGACAAUGAACACAUUCAAGACUCUAAAUGUGUUGCUAAUUCUCCCUGGGUGUCUGUGCCAAUGGUUUCCCAGGUGGUUUGGUGUUGAAUUAUAUAUUUUGUUUGAAACCUGUGUCGCCCUUGACUGGCCCAUGCUUGAGGAGAAUGAUGCUCAUCCAUCUGAUCUGGGAUCUAACCCAGGAAUAAUAUCCCUGUUUCACCUGGUCUAGUGCAUUCUGUCUAUCUAGAGUCGAUCCCACUCUGUUUUAUACUCCAAGCAUCAUAAUAAGGAAUGCUUCUAUCCAUGCACGCAUUUGAAUGGGAGGUAAGAUUAAUUGCAUUUUCAUAUGCUACCUCGAACAGAAGGGUUAGUUUGACCAAAGUGCAUGUCUCUCUAUUUCUUUAUCAAUUCUACAUAGAAAUAAACACACACUAAUAGAAUAAUGGCACAGUUUGAGUUUAGAGAGUUGAAAYGCUGUAAGAAUGAGUAGAACACCAAAGGAAAUGGUUGGAGAGACACAAUGUUAGGAUGACACAUUAUAGAGCGAUGAUAUGAAUGAUAAAGGGUCACAGUCACACUGAAGUACCAAGGCAGCAAAACAUUUUAUACUUACAGUUCCUCUGCCAUGCAACCUGACAGCAGGAGCACAUAAUGUUAUUGUGUGCCAUGACCACUAGAUGGAACYUUGCAUAAGAAUAGUGUUUUCUAAAAUCAAACUACAAAUAGKUUUUUGAGUCAUUUGAAAUACCCCAAGGUGCCAGUGAUACAUUAGAUAACUUUUUAUUUUGUCCUUUUUUAAUAGAGGAAUAUUUUAAAACAGAUACAAUUUUGGGUGAUGMCAGAUUUAGAUUUGUCUUUCCUGAAAGGGGAUAUUUAACACUAAGUGAGAUCUCAUCAGUUCAAUUGAACCCUGAUUGCAGUAGCCUAUUUACACAGCGACGUAGCUCCUCUUCCAUGGGAAUCUAUGACUAAUAGCAGCUAGACUCCCCAAGCAGAUGCUUCCCGUUUACAGAAUGAGAAGUGUUCUGCAUGUGAGUAGGGGCAGUAGCAUGUCAACAAAGACACUGCUUAAUGACAGGUUUGAUUGAAUUCCACUCUCUGACGUUAAGUAGUUGAAGGGAUUUGGACAGUGAUUUCCAUUGUUCAACUGAUGAUGAUGGCGGUUGUAUUUUUCUGCUUGCUUCACCUUAGAACCACGGGUCUGAGUCUUUCCAAACUGACAAAUAUCAUCAAGACAACCUUCUGCAUUAUCAGACUGUUUUCAUUUAAACAUGAUUAUAAAGUCUCUGAU